AUGACUGCCAUUGAUCAGCCCCCCAAUCCGGUCUUCCCAUCCGGCAAUGGGGACUUGGCUCUUGGAAUCGCUGUGAUUGUCUUCAUGUCUAUUGCACUAUAUAACGCUGUCGAGCUAUCGGUACUCAUUCCGCUGAGCUUCAAGCGAUACAGCAGCCUAUACUUCUGGGCCCUGGUGAUAUCCACUGUUCUAGGUGUGAUCCCAGCCACUAUCGGGCCUGGUCUUCAGUUCUUUAAUCUUGCACCUCUAUGGCUAAGCUUGACUCUAUCCAACAUCGGUUUCAUAUGCAUGGUGCCCAAUCAAUCGAUUGUGCUCUACUCACGACUGCAUCUUAUAUGUCUGAGUUCCAUGGUGCUGACCACUGUACGGUGGGUGAUGAUUCUGGGUGGCUUCGUUUUGAUUCCGGUCAUCAUCUUCAACUAUGGAUCUAGCUAUCUUCCGCAUCAAUCAUCAUGGACUAGCGGAUUCCAAGCCAUGGAGCGGGUUCAGCUGACCUGGUUUUCGACACAGGAGAUGUUUAUAUCUGCUAUCUAUAUCUGGGAAACUGUCAAACUGAUUCGUCUCAGUCCACAUGGUGACAAAAGACGCCAUAAGAUUUUAUAUGAACUGAUUGCCAUCAAUGCUGCAGCUAUCGGCAUGGAUAUUUCUUUGUUGGUACUUGAAUACCUGGGAUAUUACUUCACACAAGUGAUUUUUAAGGCCACAGUUUAUAGCAUCAAGCUAAAACUGGAGUUUGCGGUACUGGGUAUGUUAGUCUCGAUUGUACAAUCGGGAGCAAGCCCGGGCCCACCAGCGUGGCAAGCAGAUUGGACUACAUCAACUUUCACAUGA